CCUCACUACCGGCAGUGGCAGUGGCAGCUCCGCUCUCGCAGCUUCCAAGGCUGCCCUGUCCACUCCAGCCCGUCGACCUCCAGCUCGCACGCGCCGACCGUCCUGAACAGUUCCAAUUGCGCCCACGACCGCCGCGGCACAUCUCGCGCACACAACCACACAGUCAAGCACGCAUGCUCGCUCGCUUGCACCAUGGCCGCCCAGCCCUCAUCGCGGCACGCCCUCGCCCUCCCCGCCACGCUCUCGCCCGACGACCUCGACACCCUCUCCGAGCUGUCCACCGUCCUCGCCAAGGUCCGCGCCGGCAUCCAGUCCGCCUCGGGGCUCACCGGCACGGGCACCACCCCGGGGGCGGCGAACCACCAAAACAGCAACAAUAACAACAACGCCGGCAGCGGAGGAGCCAGCGGUGCUGCAGCUUCUUCUUCCAAUACUGGUGGUGCGGGCAGCGGUAGCAGCGGCGGCGGCAGCAACGGCGCCCAGCAGCUCUCCUUCAAGGACGUGCCCGGCGCGACCGACGGCAUCAAGCACAAGCUGCAGCACGCGCGGGCGCAGAUCCGCGCGCUGCCCGACAUGGACCGGUCCGUCGACGACCAGCGGCGCGAGAUUGAAGAGCUCGAGGCGCGCAUCGAGCGGCAGCGCGGGCUGCUGGAGCGGCUGCGCGAGAGGGGCGUGCGGUUUGGCAAGGGGGACGAGGGCGCGGGCGGCGACGACGUCAAGAUGGACAUGUGAGGUGACGGGCGUGCACUGGGCAUGCAUCGGGCAUGCAUCGGGCAUGAAUUGGGGCACGCAUCGCGAGCACGGAGCGUCGCGGAGGAAACGGAUGGCAUCAUUUUCUUUUUUGGCACGGCGUUGGGGCGUUGGGGCAUAUUCAUCAGACGGCACGCUUGUAACGGCACGCUUGUAACGUGUAACACAGCUUCGUACGGACACUGAUACACGAGUCUCC